CUAUCUUUUUUUUUUUUGAUUUACUUUUUUCACAAUACAUAAUGUCAACGCCAUACGUACUCAACUUUGGUGCUGGUCCUGCCAAAAUUCCUAAAUCGGUAUUGGAACGCGCUCAGUCGGAAAUGCUUAACUAUGACAACAGUGGUAUGUCAGUGAUGGAACUCUCACAUCGAUCCAAGACAUUUAGCAAGAUUUUGGAAGGUACAAAAAGCAAAUUGAAGAGUCUAAUGGAAAUCCCAGACAACUAUGACAUAUUGUUUAUGCAAGGUGGAGCAACGACACAGUUUGCAGCCGUGUUUUACAAUUUGGUGGCAGCAAAGCAAAGCAAGAAUGGCAAUACAGACGAUGAAGUGAUUGUAGAUUAUAUUGUCAGUGGUGCAUGGUCUAAUAAAGCUGUUCAAGAAGCAGAACGACUAGCAAAGAAUGAACGUAGUAAGAUCACUGUUCAUCGGGUGACAGAUAGCAAGAAACAAUUUGGAAAGUAUGGUUCGUUGGCAGCACAAGAUACAUGGCAACUUUCUGAUCCUAACAAGACAGCAUAUGUUUAUUACUGUGAUAAUGAAACUGUACAUGGUGUUGAAUUCCCAACCAUUCCUGAGGUGGAUCCUAGUGUACCUUUGGUGGCUGAUGUGUCUUCUAAUUUCUUAUCUCGGCGAUUGGAUGUCAGUAAAUUUGGCGUGAUCUAUGGUGGUGCGCAAAAAAAUCUUGGUCCUGCUGGUGUGUCGAUUGUCAUUAUUCGCAAGGAUUUGUUGGUUGAUCUGAAUAUUGGUCCCGUUCGUCCUUUGAUGUUGGACUUCUCGACAAUGGCUAAUAACGAUUCCAUGUACAACACUCCUCCUACGUUUGCUAUUUAUAUGGUUGGUUUGGUAUUGGAAUGGAUUAUGGAACAAGGUGGAUUACCUGCUAUUGAAGAACGUAACAAACGCAAGGCCGACAAGUUAUAUAAAGUCAUUGAUCAAAGCAAACUCUAUCGUUCUCCUGUGGAUGUCAAUUGUCGUAGCCGUAUGAACGUCGUAUUCCGUUUGGCUUCCGAAGAAUUGGAACAAGCUUUCUUAACUGGUGUCGCUGAACGGAACAUGGUUCAGCUCAAGGGACAUCGUUCCGUUGGUGGAAUCCGUGCCUCCAUUUACAACUCCAUGCCUGAACAAGAUGUGGAUCUACUCAUUGCAUAUAUGAUUGAAUUUGAAAAGACGCAUACGGCAAACGAAUAAGGGGGAUGGAUUAUUUAGUUAGAUGUCAUUAAUUAGUUAUAUUAUAUAUAGAUAAAUAGAUAUUUUAUAUGUUUGGGAUAAUAACAAUAAUAAUAAUAAAGG